AUGUCCACCACAGCCGGCGCCUUCAUCGCCGGCGGCAUCGCGGCCUGCGGUGCCGUGACCGCCACGCACCCAUUUGAGACGGUCAAGAUUCGGAUGCAGCUGCAGGGCGAGCUGCAGACCAAGGGCCACAAUCCCCAUCACUACCGCGGGCCGGUGCACGGCGUGCGCGUCAUUGUAAGGAACGAGGGCAUAAGGGGCAUCUAUCGGGGCAUCGGGUGCGCCUACGUGUACCAGAUUCUGCUCAACGGCUGCAGACUGGGCUUCUACGACCCGAUGCGCCAAGCGCUAGCCUCGAUGUUUCUGCACGACGGCGCCGCGCAGAACCUCGGCAUCAACAUGCUUUGCGGCGCCGGCUCGGGCGUCAUUGGCGCCGCCGCCGGCUCGCCCUUUUUCCUCGUCAAGACGCGCCUCCAGAGCUUCUCGCCGUUCCUGCCCGUCGGCACUCAGCACACCUACAAGAACGCCCUCGACGGUCUGUCGCAAAUCUACCGCGGCGAGGGCAUUCGCGGCCUAUACAGAGGUGUCGGUGCGGCAAUGAUCCGCACCGGCUUCGGAAGCUCUGUCCAGCUGCCCACGUACUUUUUUGCCAAGAGGCGGCUGAUGCGCCACGCUGGCAUGGAGGAAGGUCCGGCGCUGCACUUGGCGAGCAGUGCCGUCAGCGGAUUCGUCGUGUGCUGUUUCAUGCACCCCCCUGACACCAUCAUGUCGCGCCUGUAUAACCAAAACGGCAACCUCUACAAGGGCGUCCUCGACUGCCUGGGCAAGACGAUUCGCACCGAGGGCGUUUUCGCCAUCUACAAGGGCUUCCUGCCUCACUUGGCCCGUAUUCUUCCGCACACGAUCCUGACGCUGUCCCUCGCUGAGCAGACCAACAAGCUGAUGCGCAAGGUAGAGGGCCGCAUUCUACCCAUGAUGGAUAAGGACACGAACCGCCUGUAG